AUGGCGGGCUUCUUCAAAAGUAUAUACGACUGGUUGCUCAGAAAGUUUUGGGCAACCGAAAUGGAUGUGACGAUGAUCGGAUUGCAAAAUGCCGGAAAGUCGUCAUUGUUGCGAGUUUUAGCGGGUGGGGAAUUCACCGUAGAUUCUAUUCCCACUAUCGGAUUUAACACCGCGAGGGUGCAGAAAGGUCAUGUCACACUAAAAUGUUGGGAUCUUGGAGGCCAGCCAAGAUUUAGGCCAAUGUGGGAACGGUAUUGCCGGGGUGUUAACGCACUGUUGUACGUCGUGGACGCAGCUGAUAAGGAGAAGCUGCCAACAGCGACGGAAGAGCUUCAUGAUCUUGUAAGCAAACGGUCACUCCACGGAAUCCCGCUGUUGGUCCUGGGCAAUAAGUCCGAUCUCCCCAACAGGCUUUCCGUCGAUGAAUUGAUUGAAACCAUGGAUCUGAGGUCCAUCAUGCAUCGUGAAGUGAGCUGCUAUGGUAUCAGUGCCAAAGAGGAGACGAACCUCGAUGCUGUGCUCCACUGGUUAAUCGCGCGAUCAAGCAAAUGA